UUGCCUGCAAGCAUAACGUUUAAAGACUAUCCAGAAGGUGAAUUCCUGACUGCGCCAGCUUUAUUUUUUAGUCUGGAUAGAGAUAUUUUGACAGAAAAAUAUUCUGCGACUGUUGUUGAGCAUGAAUCUAAAGUGUCUGGAUUACAAGGUCAGCGGCGUAUUGGUUGUUCUUGUAGUGUUCUUAACAUGGGGCUGCGAAGGACGAGCAUGGUUCCGCAACCCAAUGGGGCAAUCCAGUCGGGCCCGGAUGAAUUCGGGAAACUCCAUGGACUACUAUCGCUAUCGCAAAACAGUGGACGUUGAUCCUUUCGAGAUGGCGCUGCCUCCGCUUCUGUUCCCUCCGGCAAGCCGCUCCUUUAUCAAAUUUCAAACACUAGGGGCUGACCUGGGAGAUGGGACAGGCACCGGAAAUUUAGCAUUCCCGGUCAAGCGCAGUUUCGGCUGGGGUCCCAGUGUCAGCCACAUUGGCUCAUGGCGGGACAACGACACCGGUGACCUCGCUUACCAACAAGCCCGCGACAACCUGAAAGAACGCGCCGUCAAUAUCAACAUGCUGUGUUCAUACUUUUCAUCCGUGUCGUGUCUCGGGCGACGCGUAUUUGCGGCCAGUGCCGAGGACUUCAAGAAAUAGCAAUUUGGCCAAUUCAGUGUGUACAAGUGGUUUUGUUAAGGCGAACUUAUGCUUCUACAAAACAAGAAAAAAUCAGUGUGUUAUCGACACUCAGCAACCUAUUGCAAUGUGUGGGUUACUUGGCUGAACUGUUUUGUACCCAGCUCUCUGUUUCUGCAAUGCGCUUGGAUAUAACAUUCUCGAUCAGAAGGCAUCACUUCAUAAAAUGCAAUCCCGUGUUCUCUAUACGCCACGGCUCUAUCAUCUGCUGCGGCGACAAAAUCCACUUCAGUCCCAUGUUGACCUACUGAUUAAACGCUUUUACGUUCAUAAGGUUUAUUUAGUAUCCGAUUUGGCUUUAUUAAAAUUAUGAUUUUAUGAUGGAUUACAAUCUGUAUAUAGGCCUUGCAUACCAUUUUGAGUCUAAAUAGCGUUUACUCGUAACUUGCUGUGAACACUUUUUAACGAUUAAUCCGUGCAUCUUAGAAUUUUUAUGAACUGUUUUCGCUUUUGUUUGCCUACCAGGAAAUCCGCUUGUUUAACAUGGUGCCUCGCUGCUAAAGAACUGAAACUUCACGUGAUUACCUUGACUAUAUAAUAUUAAAUUUUGAUAAAAAAGUUGGUUUCA